AGUAUUGUUUACAUUAUCACUCAGUUAAGUACGGAAAGAAAAUAUAAUACGACUGACCAUUGAAUCGAACGUAAAAAAUAAAUAAAUUUGAGAAUGUCGCUGCGCGUAGUCGGUUUACUUAUUGUCGCAUUUAUUUGCGUACACGUUCACGGUGAGAGCAAAGUGCGAAAAAUGUUUAUCGAACACUCGUCAUCGGAUUUGGAUUCAAGUGCAUCGGGUUACAUUUAUCGCCAAGACGGUUCUGGACCAGCCCACAUUGUUUAUUUGGAUACCAGCGAUGUGUUAGGUCAAGGAAAACCUUUAGCAUACACUUUUAACGGAGAUUUGGGUGCUCAAUCAGCUCAAUCAUAUGUGCUAAGCCACAGUGGAACUGCCGUACGUCCAUCAUACUUGUACUACGGAGCCCAAAAACAAGGUGCAAUUCAUAGCGAGCCACAACUGAAAUACGAUACUCAUCAAAAGUAUAGAGCUCCCUAUCAACCAACAGUGGCAUACAAUCAGCCCAUUAGAUAUACAGGACCAGUAACUUAUAAAACUUACGUCGGACAUAAGGCUCCACAACCAGCUCAUUAUACUCAAGAACCAGCUAAACCGAUUGCGUACAAAAAACCACAAAAUGAUGAAAGCGUUGAGUCUGUGGAGAAUGAUAACGAAGACAGUGGAUCGCAUGAGAGUUAUUCAUUUGGUGGCAGCGGUGGUUACGGUUACGGUGACGACGGACUGUCUAGAUAUACACAUCAAAAUUAUGAUUCUGGUGAUCAUGGUGACCAUGAGUCUCAUUUUAAGAAAGAGGAUGGAUCCGAGUUUGGCGAAGAGGAUUUUUCGAAAAAGGGCGAAGAAGAGCAUAAAGGAUACAAAAACGAUCAUGAGUUUGAGAAGGGCGAAAAAGGACACUACGAGAAAGACGAUCAUCAGAGCCAUUACCAUCACGAAGGUGAAAAGAAGGGAUCCGAAUAUGACGAGGCCGAUCACUACGGCGAGCACCACGAAGGCGAAAAGAAAUCGAAGGGCGGCAAAUAUGGCGAAAAGAAAAAGCACAAAAAAGGAUCGAAAACCACCGGUUAUCACAAUGUGUUCCACAAAGACGAAUAUAAAAAGGAUCACACCUUCUACGACGAUGGCGACCAUAAGGGAACAUUUCACAAAUAUGGAUCCGACCACAAAUACCAUAAGAACGAUCAAGGAGAACAUAAGAAGGGCGGUCAUCAUGACUCUGGUUUUCAUGAGGAUCAUCACAAUAAGAAAGGUAAAACCGAAAAAGGAAAGCACGAGAAAGAGGACAAAGGCUAUCACGGCAAGCAUGGUCAUGAUGAGCAUUAUCAUCAUGAAGAAGAUUAUGGAAAGAAAGGUGGCGCUCAAAAACAUAGCGAACAUGGAUAUGCUGAAUCUGGUAAAUCGCAUCGGUAGGCAAUUGCUUUAAAAUGGUUCCUCAUGGUGGUGAAUGUUAUAUGGAUAUCAGUUUGUAGUAGUAGUAGUAGUUGUUAACGAGCACAUGCCUUCUUUUUUACUGUAAUUUAUUUUGUAAAUUAUUAUACGAAUAAAAUUGUUUUCGAUUUAA